AAACAAAAACUUGGAAGUUUAAAUUUCUUUCUCCCCCCCACCCCCUUUUGGAAAAGCAAAGAUAAUAAAGGUCUUGAUUUGCUUGGGAGUCUCUGUAGUCCCUGAGGAGCGCUUUCAGACUGUAAGAAAUUUUCCUGAGAGGACACCUCUGAGAAACCAGCUUUAUGCUGUAGUGGGUGGCCAGCUUGUGUCCUGGGGGGCCAAUUGGUGGCCCAAGGAGAGAAGAAAGCAGUUUUAACUGGCCACUGGAAAUGCUAACAUGUGCUGGGUGGAACUAGCCUAGGGCUGUCACUGAGCUCAAGCUAACCAGCUGCUUUAUGGGAACAAGAUGCUAGGAAACUUGAGCCGGCUCUCCAAGGAGCUGCCCCCUGCUAUGCUGGGGCUAUUGCCCAGUCACAGCAAACUAACCUGUUCCUGGAGAGGAGAAGAGCAGCUGCGUGUCUGUGGCAGGAUACCUGAGACCCAGCUGCCUCCUCGUGCUCUUCCCCAAUUAUCGUGUCCUUUACCUCAGCUUCCUCAGAACCUCUUCCUUAUGUCUCCUAGCUGCAGCCUUUAAACCUCCUUGCAGUAUUCCCGGAAUGCCCCAGCGUAGCUGUUGUUAUCGAGGAUAUCCUUCCAUGCUGUUGUUCUGUCGUGUAACUGAAAACUUGCAAUAUAGAUCCAGCCUGCAAACAACCCCAGGGGAAAAGAGUAGUUUCCAGCAUUGCCAGUUAUUGCUCUUGGGUUAUCUGGGAGGCAGUACAGUUAGGGCUACUUGCUUUGUACAAAUAUUAGUUGGAGCAGGACUGGCAUCCAGGUAUCAUCUCUCUCAGGUAAGUGUUCCGAUCACCAGGCUAGACAGGAACCUGUCUCCCUCAAGGAAUAGCUAUUUAAUACAGGAUGGAUCUGCUGCAGUAGGAAGGAGUUGAGGAAGAUCUAUUCCAGAAUAACCUGUGCUUCAUGGCCAGAACGUUUACCUGAGAGGUGAGAGGCCUUGGUUCAUCAUCUCUGCUAAGAACCACAUACUGCCCAACUAAACUUAUUUCAAGUAUUCCAUUAAAAUUUAGUUUAAUGGAACAAAUCCUUUUCCUUUGAAUUAUGGGAAUUUGGUAGAGAUCUUAAAUAUUUAAGCAAUAUUAAAUGGUUUUGAUAGCAUAGAGAGAAAUAACACGUGGAACCUGGUGAUGUGAAGAAACUCGUUAAACUUUGGGUGGAGUGCCUUCAGGUGCAAAAGCCACCCUUUCCUCUGUAGUAUCUCAUGAAGCACAAAAAAGCAGUUAGUGAAAAUGGUACUUCUCACAUACUACCUAACUGGGCUGUCCAGAUGAAGUUAACAAGGACUGUAAUUUGUUGAAACAGAGGGCAUAGGAAAGUCUUCUGUCCAACUUUGAAAACAUCCCAAAAAUUAGUGAAAAAGUUUGGUUGUCAUAGCCAGAGAUGAUCUAACAGAGCUAUUAUAUACUAUUUGAGGGCUACAGAAAUGCUAUAUUUAGAAAUGUAACUGAGACAAAGCCAGAAGAGCAAAUAGUUGCAUCCCGACUUUAAAAAUGUCCGUGCAAUCACACAUGCAGCUGCUAUGACUGGUCCUGCAGAUCUGGCAUUUGUGUGCACGGAUGUCUUGUUAGCUGUAUAUUCAAUUUAGCUGAUGAUCUGGAUUGCUUCUUCAGUCAGAAUCUAAGAUGUAAGCACGGUUUGCAAAAGUUUCUUUAAGAGGUGAAAUUAGGAAAAUAUUAACUACAAGGGUUAAGCAAGUACACAUAUUGCUUUAGCUGUAUAGGUGAGAGGCUCGCUGGGCUCUUUCUGCCCUGAAAUAUUACUCCUAAUGAAAAGAUUUCUUGUUAGGAGUGGGGCGGGUAUACUCAUGUCUUUCUCACUUGGUUGAAGUGAGAAGACUUCUCAGUGACAGAAGUGUUAAUUCUGAAUAACAUUCAGCCCAAACUUACUAGGCUUUUCUGUGCAUUUUGCUGAACUGCAGCUCUGCAGCUGCAUCAUUCAGAUUAUGAAAGAAAAUUUGCAGUUGACCUACAUAGUAAAAUUUUAACCUUGUUAAUGAUAACACUGCAGAAGAUAAAGUGGCAACUCAGUCCACUGAGAAAAACAAACAAGCAAGUACGGUUGAUGAGUCCCAAGUAUAAAAUAACCAGUGACACACAGCAGCUUGUUUACAAACAUCUCACCAUACUGAUUCAUGAACUAGGCGCAGGACUAGAAUAAUCCAUCUCUUGCAGUGUUACUGAUGUAACCUGUAAGCUGUCGGGUGGACCCCUCUGAUGCUGGGCAAUUAGCGUUGCCCAUCGCUAACUUUGAUUGCUUUUUUCCUGACAGAGCCUCUCAUGUGGGAGGAGGGUCAAGAAAGUUGAGGAAUACAAGUCAUAAAAUAACAUGUACACGUGUGACAGAGCAUGGAGCUGCACCUUUGUAAUGCAAUCGGAUCUUUCCAGAUUAGGAUCAUUUAAUGCCAGUUAGAUACUUUUCUUUAACCUAACAAGACAAUCAACGCUCGUUUGUCCUUUCUGUAAGUGCUUUUCACUGGUGCUAUAGGUAGGCAUUUCGGGAGCUAAGGAGAACCCUCUUGCUUGGUCCCCUCUUCUCUCCCAACCUUAUCUCCCAGACAUUUAGGAUGUCGCAUCCCGUGAGAAGGGAGGACAAGGGGAGCAGCCGUCAGCCUUGGCAGGGCUGUGCCCCGGCAGCAGCUGUGGGGGAGCCCUCCCUGUACCGCCAGUGGGGCAGGAGCAGGCUGACCCUCAGCACCGGGAGAACGCGAGUCAGGUGAGAGGGAGUCCUGCUCGGCAGUCCUGUUCGCCCGCUGAGCGGACUGAUCCGGGUGAGAGCCUGAAAGCUACAGCAGGGAAGGUAGCUUGUAGGCGAGCCAGCUGUGACCCCUCCGUUCGUUCCCAAGGUGGCAACGGCCUCUUCUCCUUCCAGUGUAGUGCUUCUCUGGGUGCUGUAACCCCACUUUCCUGUCCCGCCUGCUCGCUACAGUAGCGUUACAGGCUUAGCUUAUUCUACCUCAUUUGUGGUUGAAGGGGUCCCUUUAAUGUCACCUGUCACAGCCUUCACAGCAUGCAUGCAGCAGCACUAAUAUGAAUCCUUUUUCUGCCACUCCAUCAUGUUUUGAUAUCAUGAGUUAAAUAUAUAAGCUCAAAAAGAAUAAAUAUUAAUUAACUUUGAAAUUUAACAUGGAAAAUAAAUUUUUGUCCAAUUAAUUACAUUAGCUUUGAUGAAUUAGUUUUUCCACUCAGUACUAGUGAGACCUUAAAGCACUGUCAUGAGUCUGGACAUCAUCUUCAAAAACCCCAAACCCAGUGAAACAAUCUUAGAAGAGAGCAGGUAAAAGCACUGGAAGAUGCUGUAAGAUGUAGGAGGAAAGGUGGAUGGUCUGAGCACAUUCUCCAGAAAGAGAGACCAAAGAGACCGAGUCUGUGCAUACACCCAGAGGAAUAGUCUGAAGAGGACAAAGAUCAAGUAUUCCUGUUGGUCAAGAGUCAGGCUGUUAAUAGGUUUAAGCUGCAGAAGGAAAAAUUCAGUCUAAAAAUUAAGAAAAUUAUAUAACUGGAGGAAAAGUGAGACAGUGAAACCUGUUGCCAAGACAGAGAGGUUGUGAAACUGGAGAUUUUCAAGACUAGGCUAGACACCCAUCCAUCAGGGAUGGCUUUGGAAUAACUGAGUAAAUCCAGUGAACAAUGCAAACAGCUUGACUAGAUGACCCAGUAACAGUCCCUUCCAAUCCAAAUACGUUCCAGAGACUUCUGAAACCUCCCAGUAGUUGGCAACUUUUACAUUUCCAGCAUAGUAAUGCUGUGUUACUGCCAGCUGUACCAUCAGUACCUUAUGCUAAAGCCAGUGAUGUAUCAGACAUAAGGUGCUGAACCCAGCACCUUUAAUAGCAUUUUUUUUUCUGCUAGGUUGAACUCGUCCUUAAUCCAUGUGAAGACUUUUUGGAAACACGUUCUAGCAACUUAACAGUUUUCAGUCUCCUAGUAAAUUCUGCUGUGUUAAAGAAGAGCCUGUCCAAAUGAGCAAGACAUCCCAGCAGAACACCGCAACAGAUGCGAACGGAGUAAGCGUGAUUCACAGCCAAGCGCACACCAGUGGUUUGCAGCAGGUUCCCCAGUUGGUGCCUGUGAGUCCCGGCGGUGGAGGCAAAGCUGUGCCUCCGAGCAAGCAGGGGAAGAAGAAUUCCUUGGUGGAUAGAAACAGUGAUGAGUAUCGCCAGCGCAGAGAGCGAAACAACAUGGCAGUGAAAAAGAGCCGGUUAAAAAGCAAGCAAAAAGCCCAAGACACGCUGCAGAGGGUCAACCAGCUCAAAGAAGAAAACGAACGUUUAGAGGCAAAAAUUAAGCUCCUGACCAAGGAGCUGAGUGUACUGAAAGACUUGUUCCUUGAGCACGCACACAAUCUUGCAGACAACGUGCAACCUGUUGGCACUGAAACCACCACAACAAAUCCAGAAAAUAACGGACAGUAGGCACUGUUGUGAAACGAACUCCAGAGGUACAGCUUGUCUGUGCUGCCCAUGCAGUAACUGAGCAAAAACUGUUCUUUUAACCAUUAUUUUGUGGAGAUCUUUUUAGGUUUAACACUGAAGAUUUGAUACAACUAAAACAUAAUUUUAGAGUACUUGUUUUAAAGUGUUAAAUAUUUUUGUUCUCUAAAUGGUUUGGCUAAUAAUUGCAGAUGAUCUAAAUUCACAGUCAACAAAGAGCUUAGUAUUAGGAAAAUAGCAUUUCCACAGAAAUGUUCACUUACCUUCUUAUGUUUUGCAUAAUGAGAGGAGUCCAGCAGGAUGGUUCACUGUAGUAUCAGUGACUGAUAAUUGAAAGAAAUGUCUUUUAAAUACCUUUUAAUGUAUUUAAGCCUUUUGUUUUUUCCAUUACAUAUUACAAACCUGCAAAGGCCAUAGAGGGAGUUUACUUUCCUCCUUGGUGGACUACUUUAAAUCUGUAGAGCAAGUCCUGUAAAGCACCAUUUAGGUCCUUCUUAUCCAGUUGUAGUUAAUGGGGAGGGUGUAGUAAUAGUGAGCUGGGAUGCUUACUAAUGUUUUCUAGAAAAAUAGCAAUAUACUAUGACGACGUAUACAGGCAGUUGGCUUCCAAAAUUGCAAAUGCUAUUCUGAAGCAUCAUGUAUGAGGAGGGGUAAAGUAGCACAUGGAGAAAGUCUUUCAAGCCUGUGUUCAUAGGUUAACAUUGUUCACAUAGUCACUCUGGGGCCUUAAGAGAACUUGAUUUUGGUUUUCAGAAAAUGUCAAAAUGCUACCAAAAAACUGCUCUGCAGAAUGGCCAAGGUGCAGGUAUCAGGGAGAACAAAACGUGUGCAGCUUGGCUAAGCGAUGAAAGGGGAAACGCAGCUCUGCUCAGUCAGAAUAUAUGGAUCACUGCUCAUUUUCAUUCAUUUCCAUUUUCGUGGCUGUUCAGAUUUGCAACAAAGAUCUUA